CUUUGGGUACAUGCAAAGUAUUAUAUAUAGACAAUAAUACUCUGUUUUGGUCAGAAACCAAAACAUCUCUCUCUCUCUCUCAUGGAUCCUCAGACCAUGCAUACGAUCUUUAGCCUAGUAAUUUCAAUGGCAUUACUACUACCAAGCCCUACCACAUCCAUAACCAAAUGCGAGUUUCCGGCCAUCUUCAACUUUGGUGACUCAAAUUCAGACACCGGAGGUUUGUCGGCAGCAUUUGGACAAGCCCCUCCACCCAAUGGGGAAACAUAUUUCCACUCUCCAGCAGGACGGUAUUCUGAUGGGCGUCUUGUAAUUGAUUUCAUAGCUGAAAGCUUGGGACUGCCUUAUCUUAGUGCUUAUCUGGACUCGGUGGGUUCAAACUUUGGCCAUGGAGCCAAUUUUGCAACUGCUGGAUCAACAAUCAGACCUCAGAACACAACCAUGUCUCAGAGUGGAUAUAGUCCGAUUUCAUUAGACGUCCAGUUUGUUCAAUUCUCAGAUUUUCACAGAAGAUCCCAAAUAUUUAACAAAAAAGGAGAUGUCUUUGAGAAAUUGUUGCCCAAGGAGGAUGAUUUCUCUGCAGCUCUGUACACCUUUGACAUUGGCCAAAACGAUCUCACUUCUGGUUUCAAACUCAACAUGACCACGGAACAAGUUAAGGCAUAUGUUGUUCCUGAUGCAUUGAGCCAGCUCUCAAAUAUCAUUAGGUACAUAUAUGGUCAAGGGGCAAGAUCAUUUUGGAUACACAACACAGGCCCAUUAGGCUGCCUGCCAUACGUGUUGGACCGCUACCUCAUCGCACCGGCCCAAGUAGAUAAAUAUGGGUGCAACAGCCCGUUCAAUGAGGUGGCCCAGUAUUUUAACGGCAGAUUAAUAGAAGCCGUAGUCCAACUCAGGAAAGACCUUCCCGAGGCCGUAAUCACCUAUGUUGAUGUCUACUCAGUGAAGUACACCCUCAUUACCCAGGCCAAAAAAUAUGGAUUCCAGCAUCCUCUUGUAGCAUGCUGUGGGCAUGGUGGGAAAUAUAAUUUUAACCGGUACAUGAAAUGUGGGGCAAAGAAGGGUAUCAACGGCAAAGAGAUUUUGAUUGCAAAUUCGUGCAAAGAUCCAUCCGUUCGAAUUAAUUGGGACGGGGUCCAUUACACCGAGGCCGCCAACAAGUGGAUAUUCGAACAAAUAUCUAAUGGAUCAUUUUCUGAUCCACCAAUUUCAUUGCAAAUAGCUUGUCAAAGGAUUUAAAUUGUAAAAAAAAAAAAAUUAUGUCCGUCAAAAGAGUGGACCACUAAAUCACUUGGAACACGCUUUGUCUGUUGUUUUUCUUUUCUGUUAAUUGGGGUGGGGGGUCAAAGAAGUUUAGCCUUUUUUAUAUUGGAAAGAAGUUUCGCGUACGUGGAGGGAACAACCUUUUCCCUGGCAUCGGAGGAGCAGUACUACUGACGUAUGCUUUUAGGCAGAUGGGCCAGGAAGGGCCCAAAUUAUCCAAGCAUUGGUCCCCCCGUCUUUCAGGUUACAAUGCAUGUGAGAGUCGUCUUGGAAUGGGCCAUACGCAGUCGUUUUCAUCUUUUUAUCUUUUUUCUGUUUUUGGUGGUGGUUGCUAUUCAUUUGGGUAAAUGAGCAAUAAUUUCAAGAUAAAUGUCCCCC